GGCACAAGACGGAGAGAAGGGAAGAAAAGAAAGAAACCGAGGAAAGAAUUUUGAUUACAAAGAGAGUUCUAGAGUGGGAAAAUGUCUUGCUGCGGAGGAGACUGUGGGUGUGGAUCUGGCUGCAGCUGUGGCAGCGGCUGUGGAGGAUGCAAAAUGUUCCCUGAUCUUGCUGAAUCCAGAGAAAACAAAGUCCAGAUCAGCGUCAUGGGGGUCGCUGCUCAAGCUAAGAUCUUUGAAGUGGCUGAUAUGAACGAAGGGUACGAGAACGGCGGAUGCAACUGCGGCAGCAACUGUGCUUGCAACCCAUGCAACUGCAACUGAUGUGCUCGGGAAUAACAUAGUUAAUGAGCAAUAAUUGACCACUGCAUGGUGGCCUUUGUGCACGAUGCAGCGGUCAAAAAGGUGUACUUGUAUCUUCUUCCCUUUCUCAAAGUAACUACUAUGUCCUGAAACCUUUCAUGUCUAA